UGUCGAUAAGGGCGGAAGAAGAAGACUUUUGGUAAAAAUAUAAAAAUAAUUAAACGGUUUCGGGGUAAUGAGGAAGCCAUGAAAACCUAUUUCGGAAAAUAGGUCGGUUUGCACUUUGGAGCAGGUUUUGGUUUUUAAUUGCAUCGGGUUUUUUAAUGGGUUUUUAAGGGUCUUAAGAAAAAGGCAGUGAGAAGAAGGUGAGGAGAAAGCAAAAAACAUGGUCUUUCUCAACUACACAGAUCCCUAUGGAAUGCAGGAAGGCUACCCAGCAUUGCUUGCUAGAGCUCAUUCUUUUUGUUUGGUUUAAAGGGACUUGUUUUGUUCUCUUUACAGAGCUUUUGAAAGAGAGGGAGCGAGCGGGGAGCGGAAUAGAUUCAAGUGGGGUUGCUUUUGAAAGAUGGAUACAUUUCUUCCAUGGGUUCUGCAGCUAGAAAACAAAAAACCCCAGAUUUCAAAUGGAGGGAAGCAAGAGAUUUUGGAAUGAUUAGUUUAUUCGUUUUCCAAUGAUUGAGUUCCCUUGCAGCAAGAGAUCCUUUUAAGAAUCUCCAGAUGUGAGAAAAAAGAAGACUAAAGAGAGAGAGAGAGAGAUAGAGAGAGAGACGGGAGGUGUGGAAGGGGGGGAGAAGGAGAUGAAAUCCAUGAAUAGUAAUAACGGCAACAACAAUAACUGGUUGGGUUUCUCUCUCUCACCUCACAUUAACAUGGAGGUUCCUUCCGACCCUCAUCAUCGCCAUCAACAACAUAAUCAAUCACAGGCUCCUCCUGUAGUUGUUUCUACUGCAGUGCCAACAAGCUUUUUUCUCUCUCCUCAGCUAAACAACUCUGGUAUCUGUUAUGGGGUUGAAGGAGAAAAUGGUGGGCUCUACUCCCACUUGUCCGUGAUGCCACUGAAGUCUGAUGGAUCUCUAUGCAUCAUGGAAGCUCUCAGUAGAUCACAGCCAGAAGGGAUGGUUCCAACUUCAUCCCCAAAACUGGAGGACUUCUUAGGUGGUGCAACCAUGGGAACCCAUCAAUACGGGAGUAAUGACAGAGAAGCAGCCAUGGCUCUUAGCUUAGACAGCAUGUAUUACCAGCAAAAUUCCGAGUCCGAGACUAACAGACAACACUCUCUUCACUUUCCCCAACAACACUUUCGGCAGCAACAACAGAUUCAAGUUGAACAGAACCCAUAUUUCUCUGGACUAACAGGCCACGAAAUGUACCAGACGGCAUUGGAGGAGGAACCCAAGGAGACACAGAUAUCAGACUGCAGUCUCCAGCUCCCUCCAAUGACAGAUGAUGGGAUCCCGGGCCUUAAGACCUGGGUUGCUAGGCACUAUUCCACUAACCAUGCAUUGGAGCAGAAAAUGACCGGGUGCAUGGGUGAUGAUGGGGGAGGGUCUUCCUCUAUCGUUACGAUGGGUUAUGGCGACUUACAGUCUCUCAGCUUAUCCAUGAGCCCUGGUUCACAGUCUAGCUGUGUUACAGCUCCACAUCAGAUUUCACCCACUGGAACUGAGUGUGUGGCCUUGGAAACAAAGAAGAGAGGGUCUGGGAAAGUGGGUCAGAAGCAACCCGUUCAUAGGAAGUCCAUCGACACAUUUGGACAGAGAACGUCGCAGUAUAGAGGGGUCACAAGGCAUAGAUGGACUGGUAGGUAUGAAGCCCAUCUAUGGGAUAACAGUUGCAAGAAGGAAGGGCAGACCAGGAAAGGAAGACAAGUUUACCUGGGGGGUUAUGAUAUGGAAGAGAAAGCGGCAAGAGCUUAUGACCUGGCGGCGCUCAAGUAUUGGGGACCUUCCACUCAUAUCAACUUCCCUUUGGAAAAUUACCAGGAAGAACUUGAAGAAAUGAAGAACAUGAGCAGGCAGGAAUAUGUUGCUCAUUUGAGGAGGAAAAGCAGUGGGUUCUCGAGAGGGGCUUCAAUGUACCGAGGAGUUACAAGGCAUCAUCAACAUGGAAGAUGGCAAGCUCGGAUUGGCAGGGUAGCAGGAAAUAAAGACCUUUAUCUUGGGACAUUCAGUACCCAAGAGGAAGCAGCUGAAGCCUAUGAUAUCGCUGCAAUCAAGUUUCGUGGGGUGAAUGCUGUCACCAAUUUUGACAUAUCAAGAUACGAUGUGGAACGGAUCAUGGCGAGCAAUACUCUUCUGGCGGGAGAACUUGCUAGACGAAACAAGGAGAUAGAAUCCAACAAUGAGGGCGUCGAUCACCAAUCUUCGGCCCAGAUUAGCAACGGGGAAGCUAGUUUAUCAGAGGAGAACAGUGGAAGUGGUCCGGAGUGGAAGAUGGUGUUGUUCCAGGGCUCACAUCAGCAACCAACGGCAUGCGUUGAGCCUCUUGAUCAGAAACCCAUGAGCAUGGGGAAUUACAGGAACCCAUCUAUCUCAGCGGCCUUGCAUGAUCUAAUCGGGAUCGAUACGGUGAACUCACCCCAAGGAGCCGAUGAGUCGGCAAAGCUGGCCACCCACUUGUCAAAUUCAUCCUCUUUGGUCACUAGCUUGAGCAGUUCGAGAGAAGGCAGCCCUGAUAAGACCGGCCUCUCGGUACUCCUUUCAAAGCCACCUUCGGCUUCCAAGUUGAUCAAUAAUGCUUCUACUAACCCUAUGAACUUAUGGAUCCCAUCAGCCCAGUUGAGGCCAACAAUUGGCAUGUCUCAUAUGCCAUUGUUCGCUACUUGGACCGAUGCCUAAACCCCUGUGUGGUAAAAACUUGUAAAGUUCUUUUUUGGCAUUAGUAACGGAAGAGAAAAAAGUAGGCUGAAGAAGAAAAAAAA